AAUCAUCAACCAGAGAGAAAUAAAAAGGGGCUAACCAGGAGAAGAAGAAGAAGAGCAGUGCCAAACCAAACCAUGUCGUCGGAUCCCUACGAGAGAGCGAAAGGAGGAAGACUGACCUUCAAAGGAGGAAGCUUAGCCACUCGCAAAUCCAUCGACAAAGGCAAGAAGAAGCACAAGAAGAAAAAGAACGCCGACGACGAAUCUCAGCCUUCCCACGACGACGUCGCAGCCGCUUCCGCCGUUGAAGGCGCCGAACCGGGAGGAGAUGUGUACACGAUCGACGCGGCUAAAAAGAUGAAGUACGAGGAGCUGUUCCCCGUGGAGGCUAAGAAGUUCUGUUACGAUCCCAAAAAUCCUCAAGCCAAGUCGGUGGAACAAGCCCUCGAUGAUCGAGUCAAGAAAAAGGCUGAUCGUUACUGUAAAUGAGCUUCAAUUGUUGCUUAAAAUUAAAGCUUUCUGUGUUAUUAGUGAACAAUUUAGAAAUUAAUUGCAAUGCUUCUGUUUAAGGGUUUCGGCUCAAAUUCCUCA